CAUAUUCAGCAUAACUCUAACACGCACAAAGAACAGAUGUAGAUAUAGAUACAGCAAAUACAGACGGAAGAAAUGUCAUCAAAAUUAAAGAUUAUAAUCGAAAAAGGACCUCGAGAAGGAGAAACCCUAGAAUACGAUCCAACUUCAGUUAUCAAAAUUGGGCGAGUAGCUCGCGGCAAUACGAUCGCAAUCAAAGAUGCAGGUAUUUCGUCUAAACAUAUAUGCAUUCAAUUUGAUAAACAGUUACAAAAAUGGACUUUAAUUGAUCUCGAUUCAUCAAAUGGUACUUUAUUGAAUGGAUUAGAUCUUAAGCCGUAUGUUUCGUCUAGCCUUAGUGAUGGCGAUUGUGUUAAGAUAGGCGAGUUAACUUCUAUGAUUGUUAAGAUUGGAACUGAGAUUGAGGUUGUAGGUCCGUCCGAUAGACGGAAUGGUAAAGGUGUUGCUGUUGUUGAGAGUGAGUUAGGGUUUGGCCAGGGGAAAGCGGUGGAGGAAGUGGCGCAGAAGCGGAAUUUGCGUGGUAGAGGUAAGAAAGUCGAGGCGGCGGUAGAUGAGAAAGCAAAUGCGGUUGAGGUUGUUCAAAAGCGAGAUUUGCGUGGUAGAGGAAAGAAAGGUGUGGAUGUUGAGAGAGAGAAAGCGGCGGUGGAGGAGGAUCUACAGAAGUCCGAUUUGCGUGGUAGGGGUAAGAGAGGUGUGGAGGUGGAGAGUGAGAAAGCGGUGGUGGAACAGGAUGUACAAAAGCGAGAUUUACGUGCUAGAGGUAAGAGAGGUGUGGAUGUAAAGAUUCAGGUGGAAAGUUUGAGUACUAAGAGGGUGCUAAGGAGUUCGAAAAAGGGAGAGAAUGUGAAUGUAGAUGUGAGAGAAAUGGGUGAAGAUGUUUAUGUAUUGACAGAAUCAAAGAAGACAAGAGGAGGGAGGAAGAAAUUGCCUGUGAAAGUUGUUGAGGAUUCUGCUUUAGAUGGAGGUAAGCUAGGUGAAAAUGGAGUUUCGGUAGAAGUUAAAAGAACAGGGAGAGGGAGAGGGAGACCAAGAAAGAUGAUGAAGGUGGAGCCUUUGGAAGAAAACAAUGCUAAAGAAUAUGUUCAAGUGGGUGAAGGAAAUGAGGGUGAUUUUGAUAAAGGUAAAGCUGAUUUGUUGGAGAAGGUUGAAAAUCUUAGUUUUGUGGAGAAUCUAGAUGUAAACAACGAAUCUGUUCAAGAUCUUUUGGUGGAGAAAUUGGAUACCAUUAACGAAUGUGUUCAAGAUCUUUUGGUGGAAAAGUUGGAUACCAACAACGAAUGUGUUCAAGAUGACUUGGCGGACAAAUUGGUGCUUAGGCAGGAAGAUUGUGAAGGAAACGGAGCGGUGGUUGAUGGAAGUUUGGUAAAAAGUCCAUCAGAAAUAGCUGAUGUGGAUAAGGAAAAGGAAGCGGUGGUUGAUGGAAGUCUGGUAAAAAGUCCAUCAGAAAUAGCUGAUAUGGAUAAGGGAAAAGAAUUGGCGGAAGAGCUGGAAUAUAGUCAAGAUGGCAGUGAGGGUAUGGUGAAUGACAGUGGGCCUGAUGAGAGUCGGUGGGUAGAUUUGGAGAAAAUGACGUUAGGGGACUUUUUUGAUUACCUGGAAGUGCAACUGCCUAAAGAGAUACAUGAGAAGAUAGAGAAAAUCAAUUCUGAUUUGAGAGAGACUGCCCGGAAAUGCCAUGAGCUUAGGCUUCAAGCAGAUGAAAACCGCAAGGGAUGAUGAUGAAGCUGACACAAUUGGUUGCUGCACAUUGAAUGUAGAAAAUGUCAAGCCAGAGCCUCCCAAUAUCCCGAAGGUAGAUUGUUUAUAUCUUUCCUUCAGUUUUUUUUUUAUCAUUUGAUGAGGGUCUAUGAGUAUGAAGCCAGUCAUAACUCACAAGUUAAUUGUGAAAGUUCUGAAUGGGUUUGAGUAGGAAUGAGACUAAAUUCAUACCCAUAUAUGUCAUAUG